AUCAUCAGUUAACAACAUUAGUUCACUGACGGCCUCGCCAUGGCUACACUUAACUACCUAUCGCUGUGUCUAACACUACACUUAAUAUUCUACACUGACGCAGCAAGAAUUUUAGCUGUGUAUCCAGUUCCUUCUAUAAGCCAUCAAGUUACAUUCAGACCAAUUACAUUGGAGCUGGUAAAACGUGGUCAUGAAGUGGUCGUGGUAACUGCAGACCCGAUGUUCAAAAAAGGAGAAGCACCUCAAAAUUUGACAGAAAUAGAUGUUCACGAUAUAUCGUACAAUAUUUGGGAAGCUUUUAUGAACUCAGAAAGGGGUAAAAAGGAAGAUUUGAUAUCUCAAAUGAGAGUUGGCGUUGAAGUUCUGGUGGAACUUUUUGAUAAACAAAUGCAGGUUGAAGAGGUCAAGGAAUUGAGAAAAGGGAAGCAGCAUUUUGAUCUUCUACUGACAGAAGCAGUAGUGAAAGAAGCUUUAGCUUUCUCCCACAUUUACAAAGUCCCAGUGAUUCAAGUGAGUUCCUUUGGAGCGAUGUUUGAAAACUACAAGGUUCUUGGAGCUCCGGUACAUCCAUUUUUGUAUCCUGAAUCCAUGGCUAUGAGAAUCUACAAUCUGACGAUGUAUGAGAAGCUAAAUGAGUUAUAUGUGAAAUAUACAGUGGAAUAUUUAUUUGCGAGCAUAGAAGAAAGACAGAAUGUUUUGAUGAAGAAGUAUUUCGGAGAUGACCUUCCCUCAAUGCAGGAGUUGCAGAAUAACGUUGAUAUGCUGUUUUUGAAUGUGAAUCCGAUUUGGGAAGGAAGCCGGCCUGUGCCUCCUAGUGUAAUACAUUUGGGAGGAUUACCUCAGAAACCCAACAAGGAACUGCCUAAGGAUCUAAAAUCAUAUUUAGACUCAUCCAAACACGGCGUGAUCUACAUCAGUUUUGGCACCAACGUCAAACCCAGUCUCUUACCUGCAGAGAAGAUUCAGAUCCUCGUCAGCGCCUUCUCUAAAAUGCCAUACGAUGUCCUAUGGAAAUGGGACAAAGAUGUUCUGCCCGGCAAGUCUGACAACAUCAGAAUAUCAAAAUGGCUGCCCCAGUCUGACUUAUUGAAGCACCCUAAGCUUAAAUUGUUCGUAACACAAGGAGGUCUACAAUCAACAGAUGAAGCUAUAACGGCAGGAGUACCUCUAGUCGGAGUACCAAUGUUAGGAGAUCAAUGGUACAAUACAGAAAAGUACGAACAUCAUGGAAUCGGAGUUAAACUAGAAUUGGGAACACUUACUGAAGAAUUAUUUGCUAAUGCCGUCAAUAAGGUCAUUGAAGAUGAAAGCUACCGCAAAAAUAUCAACAAGCUCAGAGAACUGAUGAAUGAUCAGCCAAUGAAACCUUUAGAACGUGGCAUCUGGUGGAUCGAACACGUUCUUCGUCACAAAGGUGCCAAGCAUUUACGAUCACCAGCCGCCAACAUAUCGUGGUCAGAAUAUUUAGAACUAGAAUUAGUCUUUACUGUCUUAGCUGUAGCACUUUCUGCAUUAUUAAUCUUAGCUUUUGCACUAUAUUCUUUAUACAAGUUUGUUUCAAACAACUUCAUUAUUAAAGCUAAACUUAAAAGUACUUAAAGUUUUAGGUUUAUUAGUUGAAUUUUGGUUUUUGCUGUGUUCGGGAGAGAUUUUGGUGCAAUUGUAGGAAUAUUUGCUCUUUCGCUGUGUUGCGUGGUUUCAAUUACAGCUAGAACAAAUAUGUCGAUUUGUGAUGUAGUGUUAAUUCCUGUUGCGAAUGUUUGUGUGUGAAGUAUUUUGUGUAUAUGAGUGUGCGUGUGUGUUAUGCCAUUACAAUACGUGAGAUAUUCUUUGUUUUUCAAUAAGGUUUUAAUCAACCUCAAUGUUGAUGGAACAAUGUUAGAAAAUUACGUAAUUUUGUAUACUUUUUUACCAAUGUGAUCUAGGUUAAGUAUUUUAGUAUUUGUGUGAUAUUAAACAAAAUAUUGUUAACUUGUAAUAAAUGAAUUUAAUUCUACAAAUAA